GCGCCGCGUCCGGGCCAGCGCGCCGGCGGAGACGAGAGCCGCCCACGCCGCAGCCUGCUAUGGGAUGGAUGGAGAAGAGGAGAGCCGCUACGUCUUGCAGCUCAAGGAGCUCUACAGCAGCUGCGACACCACAGGCACAGGCUUCCUGGACCGGGACGAACUGACCCAACUGUGCCGGAAACUGCACCUGGAAAAGCAGCUUCCUGUUCUCCUGCAGACGCUUUUUGGCCAAGACCACUUUGCCAGGGUCAACUUUGAGGAAUUUAAGGAAGGUUUUGUGGCCGUGCUAUCGUCAAAUGCUGGUGUUGAUCCCUCGGAUGAAGAAAGCAGUUCUCUAGAAUCAGCUGUCCUGCCAAAGUACGUGAGUGGCUCUAAGUGGUACGGCCGCCGGAGCCAGCCGGAGCUGAGGGACUCUGCCAAUGAAGCCAAAUACGUACCUGAGCAGCAGGCCAAGGCCAGCCUGAAGGGCCAGCUCUGCUGGUCUGCAUCUCUGGAAAGCGUGGAGAGUCUCAAGUCUGAUGAAGAAGCCAAGAGUGCUAAGGAACCUCAGAAUGAGUUACUUGAAGCACAAGGCCAGCUGGAAACCUGGGAUUCCGAGGCUUUUGGAAGCCCCCAGAAAUCCUGCAGCCCCUCCUUCGACACCCCUGGAAGCCAGGUGCGGGGCAUCUGGGACGCACUGGGUGUGGGCAGCAGUGGCCAUCUGAGCAAGCAGGAGCUGGCUGUGGUCUGCCAGAGCAUCGGGCUCCAAGCGCUGGACAAGGAGGAGCUGGAAGACUUGUUUAACAAACUGGAUCGAGACGGAGAUGGCCAGGUGAGCCUUGAGGAGUUCCAGCUCGGCCUGUUCAGCCAUGAGCCCACUUCACUUCCGGAAUCUUGCACCUUGGUCAAGCCGAGCGGGCCCUGGUCACAUUACCAGGUCCCAGAGGAGAGCAGCUGCCACACUCCCACAGCCUCAUCCCUCGUGUCCGUGGGCUCUGGGCCACGCCUGUUCUCCAACGUUGAUGAUGGCACUGGCUCUGCCUUCCCGGAGCAGAUCAUCGCCUCCUUGGCCCAGGAGGGGAUUCACAACGGCAAGGAGAUAUUGCAGAGCCUGGACUUCAGCGUGGAUGAGAAGGUGAACCUUUUGGAGCUGACCUGGGCCCUUGACAAUGAGCUCCUGACGGUUGAUGGCAUCGUCCAGCAGGCAGCCCUGGCCUGCUACCGCCAGGAGCUGAGCUACCUCCAAGGACAAAUGGAGCAGCUGGUGCAGGAGCGAGACAAGGCGAGGCAAGACCUGGACAGAGCCGAGAAGAGGAACCUGGAGUUUGUCAAAGAGAUGGACGACUGCCACUCUGCCCUGGAGCAGCUCACAGAGAAGAAAAUCAAGCACCUGGAGCAGGGGUACCUGGGAAGGCUGAGCCUCCUGCGGUCAGAGGUGGAGAUGGAGCGUGAGCUGGUCUGGGAGCAGGCCCGAAGGCAGAAGGCUGCGCUGGAGCAGGAUGUGGACCGCCUGCAGGCGGAGGAAGCCAGCCUGCGCCAGAAGCUGAGCCUGGCCCUGAAGGAGAACAGUCGAUUACAGAAGGAGAUUAUGGAAGUGGUGGCGAAGCUUUCGGAUUCCGAGAAGGUGGCCCUGAAGCUGCAGAGCGACCUGGAGCUGGUGCUGAGGGAAAAGCUGGAGCCGCAGGGCACAGAGCUGCUGGCCCAGGAGGAGCGCUUCGCAGCAGUCCUGAAGGAGUAUGAGCUCAAGUGUCGGGACCUGCAGGACCGCAAUGAUGAGCUGCAAGCUGAACUGGAGGGCCUGCGGGCACGGCUGCCCGAGAGUCGGCACAGCCCCAGCAGGGGCCCAAGUGGGCACAGAAGGCGGCUCCCCGGACGCGGCCCAGCAGGCAUUCUGUUUGUGGGGGAGUCCACUCCGGUGAGUAUCGAAACAGAGAUCAUGUUGGAGCAGGUGAAGGAGCACUACCAAGACCUCCGGGUCCAGCUGGAGACUAAGGUCAGCUACUAUGAGAGGGAAGUGGAGGCCAUGAAAAGGAACUUCGAGAAGGAGAGGAAGGAGGUGGAGCUGGCGCACCAGCUCGAGGUCAGCGCGCUGGAGGAGCAGAGAGCAGACCUGGAGGCACUGCAGGCCAAGGCGCAGGAGGUCAUCCAGGGCCUGCAGGAGCAGCUGCGGGAUGCAGCCCGCACCCCCGAGCCAGCGCAGGCGGGGCUGGCACAGUGCUGCGCCCAGGCGCUCUCCGGCCUGGCCCUGCGGCUGGAGGAGGAGCUCCGGCUGCGGCACCAGGACCAGCUGCAGCAGAUAAGGAAGGAGGCAGACUUGGAGCUGAGCCAGAAGCUGUCCUGGCUGGAGGCCCAGCACGCCACGCACUGUGAGAGCCUGGCCCUGCAGCACCAGCAUGAGAGGGACCAGCUGCUGCAGGCGCACCUGCUGCAGGUGCACGAGCUGACGGCGCAGCUGGACCUGGAGAAGGAGCGGCGGGAAGGGAGGGAGAAGGAGAUCCUCGUGCGCUGCCAAAAGCAGCAGCUGAAGCUGCAGGAGGCGAUGAGUGAGGAGCAGGCUCAGAUCUGCAAAUCGUUUGCCCUCGAGAAGGAGAAGUUAGAGCUCACCUACAGGCAGCAAGUGCAAGGGCUUACCCAGGAGGUGGAGGCCCUGCAGGCUCUGCUGCAAGGUAGGCUGACGGUGGCAGGUGUGGAGCAGGAGGGUGCACACGGCCCUGCACCCCUGUGUCCAGGCAUUGUGGAGCGGCCACCUGCUCAGUGGGAACCAGAUGCUGGCAGAGAGACAGGGGAGCCGGUAGGAGAUGGGCCUGGCCAAUCUUACCAUGUGGACGCUAUGCAGAGUCCAGCUCCAGCCCCUGCCUCUCCCUCGGAGAGCAUCAGCCUCAGAGAGAACCACGGGGAGUUGCCCAACACCGAGGAGGUGGCUUCUGUUCCCUCAGAGACGGAGUCACAUGUGCAGCCAUGUGGGACGGACAAGGGAGGUGACACAGAUCCAGUGCCUCUCGACAGGGCGCCAGGGAGCGUGAGCUGGCCUGAAGCCCAGGAGCUGCCCUUGCUGGGAGCAGAGGCAGAUGAUUUGCCAGCUCCACCCCGGAUGACGGAGCUGCGGCUGAACUCAGCCUCUCUGGAGGAGCCAGCCCCUGCAGGGAAUCUGGGGCAGGCCAGGGGUGGUGGCAGUGCCCUGGACACUGAACCCCAGCCCUGCAAGGGGGCAGCCCGGAGGGAACCCUUGCUUUCCCAUCCCGGGCUCCCGGAUGGACAGCAGCAGCUUGCUGUCCUGGGGCAAACAGAGGACGAAACCGCGCUGGAGAGAGAGAGAAAUGACAUGAAAACCAAGCUUCUGCAGCUGGAAGACGUCGUCCGAGCUCUCGAGGCAGCAGCAGAUUCCAGAGACCAUGACAGAGUCGAGUUUCAGAGGCUUUCUGAAGAGAACACUGUGUUGAAAAAUGAGCUGGGAAGGAUUCAGCAGGAACUUGAAGCUGCAGAGAACGCAAGUGAGGUUCAGAGGAAGCAGAUGGGAGUUUUAAAGAGAGACAAGGAGAAGGCCUGCACUGAAGUGGAAGAGCUGAACAGACAGAGUCAGAAAUACAAGGAUGAGCUGUCUCAACUCCACCACAGGGUCCUGCAGCUGGAAGAGGAGGCUUCUGCCCAGCAGACCCAACACGAGAAGAACUGCGCCACUAUUCAGCUGUUAACGCAGAGGCUGGAGGAGGCAGGGCACCGCGAGGCGCAGCAGGGUGAACAGCUCCGAACACUUGAGGGUGAACUUGAACACAUGACUCAGGAAUGUCAGAGCCUGAGAGUGUCACAGUCCAAGCUGGCAGAGACCCUAGGAGAAAGUGAGCAACAGGAGGGCCGUGAGAAACAGCUGGAAGCUGCAGCGGAGCGGGUGGGAGAGGUGGAGACGCGUCUGCGGAACGUGGAGCUGCUCCUGCAGGACAAAGUGCGCGAGCUGACACAGCAGUUUGAAAGGAACACGAGGUCCGAUCUGCUGCUCAAGGAGCUGUACGUGGAAAACGCGCACCUGGUGAAAGCCCUCCAGGUCACCGAGGAGAAGCAGCGAGGAGCCGAGAGGAGAAACCUCGUCCUGGAGGAAAAGGUCCGCGCUCUCAACAGACUCGUCAGCCGCAUGGCCCCCGCCGCGCUCUCUGUGUGAAGGGGGUAGCUGGCCCGGCCCCCGCCCAGCAGCCAGGCGUCCUUACGCACAGGAGGCUUGUGAUGCUUUGUUCAGCCCACGGUCUAUCUUAGGAGGGUCUGCUCCGUGCCAGAUGGGGGCAGCCGUGUGUGUGUUAACAAAAGACGGUGUUUGUGUCUCAAUAGCCUCGCGUGAUUUCCCUGCGUAAAACUCCCUGGCAAGAUGCUCAUGGAAGUGGCAGAUGCUGGGGGGCCCUCAGUGAACAACCACCGAGAGAGGGGUUACAGCGUACUUUCCACGUCGUCUGCGAGGAUUAAAAUGCAGUCAGGCAGGGCUCGGUCUGGUUUUCCCGUGUCACCAUUGCUGCUCAGAGCUCGGGCACCACGGAGAUGGUGGAAGGGGCCCCUGCAGGGACCAUCCCCCCACCUGCCCAGGCAGGGCGGGCCGCGAGUGUGUGGGCUCAGGGAUGUAGUAUUUAUUGCGAAUGAAAUGAAAUGUCAUCACACUGGAAAGUGAACUAUAUGUAAAAAAAAUUUUAUAUAUAUAUAUAAUAUUACAUGUAUAGUUUUAUAACUGAAACGCACAUAAAUUAUGGCCACUUGGUUUAUCAGAAUGUACUAUUAUACCAUGA